GUUGCAGAGGCCACUGAGGCGCUGACUGAGUGGCCGGCAGGCGCCUGUAGCCUCGAGCAGCCCCUUCGUGCCGCCCGGCAGUCCCCGGGCAGCGGUGGGCCGCGGUGCGCAGCCUGCCAGGGAGCUGCGGCGGGCACACCCCGGCGGCGGCGACAGCGGACAGGUUAGAGUGGGGGCAGGGACGGUCGCGGGAGCAGCUGGGGGCCGGAGAGGGAGCCCGAGCCAGGCCAUCUCCAACCAUGUCCGACGAAGCGUCAGCCACCACUUCGUACGAGAAGUUUCUAACCCCUGAGGAGCCCUUCCCGCUUCUGGGACCCCCUCGCGGGGUGGGCACCUGCCCGAGCGAGGAGCCGGGCUGCCUGGACAUCAGCGACUUCGGCUGCCAGCUCUCGUCUUGCCAUCGCACGGAUCCGCUCCACCGUUUCCACACCAACAGGUGGAACUUAACUUCCUGUGGAACAAGUGUGGCCAGCUCAGAAUGCAGUGAGGAGCUGUUUUCAUCAGUUUCUGUUGGAGAUCAAGAUGAUUGCUAUUCCCUAUUAGAUGAUCAGGACUUCACGUCUUUUGAUUUAUUCCCUGAGGGGAGUGUCUGCAGUGAUGUCUCUUCUUCUAUUAGCACAUACUGGGAUUGGUCAGAUAGCGAAUUUGAAUGGCAGUUACCAGGCAGUGACAUUGCCAGUGGGAGUGAUGUACUUUCUGAUGUCAUACCCAGUAUUCCAAGUUCGCCUUGCCUGCUUCCUAAAAAGAAAAACAAGCACCUGAAUUUAGAUGAACUUCCUUGGAGUGCAAUGACAAAUGAUGAACAGGUGGAAUAUAUUGAGUAUCUGAGUCGUAAAGUCAGUACUGAGAUGGGUCUUCGGGAGCAACUUGAUAUUAUUAAAAUAAUUGAUCCUUCUGCUCAAAUCUCCCCUACAGACAGUGAGUUUAUUAUUGAACUUAACUGUCUCACAGAUGAAAAACUGAAGCAGGUCAGAAACUAUAUCAAGGAGCAUAGCCCUCGCCUACGGCCUGCAAGAGAGGCCUGGAAGAGAAGCAACUUUAGUUGCGCAAGCACCAGUGGAGUGAGCGGUGCCAGCAGCAGCAGUGCCAGCAUGGUCAGUUCUGCAAGCAGCAGUGGGUCCAGUGUUGGAAACUCUGCUUCAAACUCCAGUGCCAACAUGAGUCGAGCACACAGUGACAGCAACUUGUCUGCAAGUGCAGCAGAGCGGAUUCGGGAUUCAAAAAAGCGAUCCAAGCAGCGGAAGUUACAGCAGAAGGCCUUACGCAAGAGGCAGCUGAAAGAGCAGAGGCAGGCUCGGAAGGAGAGGCUCAGUGGGCUAUUCCUUAAUGAAGAAGUGCUGUCCUUGAAAGUGACUGAGGAAGACCACGAAGCAGAUGUAGAUGUUUUGAUGUAAUAAGGGUGAAUUUAUCAGCGUUCUUUCUAAGCAUUAUUCUAUCCUUAUUUGUUUACAUGCA